CAGAGACCUAUAACGAGAUAGCCAACCAAAUCCCUAAUGACCACUUCCUAUAUCCUAUCCUAAAACAUGAAACCACCCAAAUUGAUAUAUUGGGAACGGCAUGGAAGUACUUAGCCGGAUCUCCUGAUCAUGAAGAUUUAAAUAUAAUAACAAACAACUCAAAUAGCUUAAAUGAGAACAACAAUAAUCAAAUAGUAAUUAACCAGUUAUUCGAGAAACGCAUAAAUAUCAUAACUUAUAUAGUAAACAAAAUGUUAAACACGAUAAGGAAGGACGACAAUGUUCUAACGGAAAUUUUAAUAAAUUUGCAAAAUAGAAUCAGGCUAAUUAAGGAAGAGCUAAUUAAUAUAAGGUAUGCCGUUCAAUGGGCAAAGCAUAAUAUAAUAAAUUCAGUAAUGUUAAGCAAGGAAGAAGUAGAAUUGUCAAUUAGUAAAUUAAGAGAAGAUGAAGUACCAUUUAAAAGUGCCGAAGAAGCAUUAGAACUGUCAAAAGUAAAUGUAUUUAGCCAAGAUAUGAAAAUUGUAUACAUGGUAAAAAUACCUCUAACAUUAAAAGAAACAUUUGGAAGAAUUAUUAUACGACCUGUAAAAAGGAUAAACAAUAUUGUAAUAAAAACUGAGUAUAAUGAAAUAUUGAAAGGAAAAUAUACACUGUUUGGAAUAAAAAAUAAAUGCGAAAGCUAUAAUGAUGUAACCAUUUGCAAGGAAACUCAUUUGGUAGAUUUAAGUAAAGAUUUAUGUGUAACUAGGAUAAUUAAUAGUUUAAACUCAACAUGUUCGACAACCAACGGCCAUCACGUCCCUACGCUAGAAGAAAUAAAACCAGGAGUAAUAUUGCUAAACCAGUUCAACGGCAAACUAGAAGCCGACGAGACAUCCCAAGAAGUAAACGGAACGCACGUGAUAAUAUUCUACAAUUCAACAAUUAAAAUCAACAGUCAAACAUUCAGCAAUAUUGAAAUAAAGCCAAUCGAAACCAUCCCUGCAAUACUACAGCCAAUCCCGUUAGAAAAUGACCACAUAGAACUACUUUCCCUAGAAGCCUUGAAGGACCUGCAUAUCAACAAUACCCAUCGAAUAAAUUCCCUCAAAAAGGCAACCUUCUCUGUCGGAAGUCUAACUACGGCAGCAUUCUUAAUAAUCAUAGUGCUUCUUCUUUUUUUCUUAAGGAAACGAUCCGUGAAAAUCCAAUAUGUGGGAAAAGAAAUAGUGAAGCCCAGCACAAGCCUGGAAGUCAAUCCGUCAAGCGAAACAAACCACAUUCCAACAUACGUAAAUCUCAACAACUCACCAUUCUACUAAUGAUCGAGGACGAUCAUAUUUAAAGGAGGAAGGGUUAACGCAACAGUUUCCAACAAUCUCUGCAGAAUUGACUUCUACCAACGGUCAGCAACUCCACACGCGCAUCCGCACAAUUGCUGACACCGCAUUAACCAAUUUGUUAUUCCAUCAGCAAUAAUAAUUGGCACAACAACGAUUGGGCAAUAUUCGGAAUAGUGCAUAUGCAAGUGCAACGUGACUGAUGGCCGAUAGUAGGUUUAAUUUAAUGUUAAGAAACCAAUUGUAUUCAGUUCUAAGUUUAGACUCAAUUAAUAAAGACGUGGGGACGCGAGUCCCCACACUUUUUUAAA